UCAACGUUCGCUCUGCCACAUGAAUUUCGCCGCUCGCAACAACAAAAUCUGGCAUUUGACGUCGCGCGUUCGUUUGGCCCGUUUCAGCCGCGCUGCCGCCGAAACCAGAGUGUUGUUGUUGCCGUUGCGUUGUGUUUCGUUGUUGUUUGCCAUUCCGAUUUUAUUAUUACUUGUCAUCGGCCGCGGAGCGUGCGGUGCGGAGCAGUGCUCCUCUUUUUUUUCUACUUUUUGUUUGGUUCCCGGCCAGGGGGGGGCGCUGAGUCCUGCCACUGCCGCUGUUACUGCCACCCACUCGAAAACAGGCGCACAGGUUGAAAGUCGAGCUCAGAGCAUAUGUGUGCGGAAAAAGUGCUGCAUUGGCUGGAAAAACACUGCGGAGCCGCCGUGAUUGUUGCGUUUCGUGCGGUCAGGACGCGCGCAAGAGGAAGCGGAGCGAGCGGGAGAAAUCUCCAAGGUUUAAAGCAACAACUGUGAGCAGUGAAAAAAACAGAACGAGCGUUCAGCUAUAAACGAUAUCAAAACCAAUAGGAAGAAACGCACACAAAGAGCCCAAAAACAAAGUCUUCGGGAGAGAGCGCUGAGUGGGACGGAGACGGGGCACAAGCGAGCGGGACAGAGACGGCUGGCGGUCAGCGACGUUGGACAAGUAGUUGAAAAUAUUGCGCAUACGCCGCGUGAACCGGAGGCACAGAGCAGCAAGCCGCGCGUUUCGUUCUUCGUUUGGCAUCGCACAAAUACAGCUUUGGGAAACCCGAAACCCCACAGAACAGUGGUGCAAGAAAACACGAUUGAGCAUUGAGGAGGAGAAGGAGGCGAAGGAGGCGAAGGAGGCGCAGGAGGAGGGCCGAGGAUCAGCGGCUACGAAGGAAGUCCAUUUCAAAGUGCAGCCGGCUAUAAAUCCAGCUUCACGACGUCUUGCAAACGGCUGAAAAUGGAGAAGACUCCCCGGUACACGCAGCGGGAGCGGAACAUGGUGUUGAGCUACGCGGCGCAGUACAAGGAUGUGAUCGAGAACAAGCGCACGGACGCGGAGUCGAACCGCAAGAAGGACGAGGUGUGGCUGCAGAUCGCCAAGGAGUUCAACUCGCGCGUCUACCACCAGCGCAGCGCCAAGCAGCUGCGCCAGCUGUACAAGAACAUGAAGCUGCUGCUCAAGAAGGACCUCUGCGGCGAGGACAAGAGCAACCACUCGUUCAUGGACCUGCUGAACACGCUGUCGCACCAGGAGUCCGUCGCCCAGUACAUUGCCGAGCAGCUUUCGCCGGAGGGCGCGGGCGGAGGCGGCGGCAAGCAGGGCGGAGCGGGCAACGGAGGCGGAAACGGGCACCAUGCGGACGACUACGACGACUCCAAGUAUCAUUUAUUUUCCUCACACUUGCAGAUGCCCCUCUACCACGAGGGCAUGGACACGGACGUAAUCCUUAUCAAGUCGGAGACGAUCAGCGACAACGAGCAGACGGACAAUGGCAUGGACUGCCUGGACGAGGACGAUGACGACGACUGCUUGAGCCCCAAGGCGCCGGAGGUGUGCCUCGAGGAGGAGGACGACGUGCUCUUUCCAACGGACCUGCGCCAGCUGCAGCAGGUCGGUUCGUCCGGCGCCGCAGGCGGUGGUGUAUCCACAGCCUCCCUGCCGGGGAACGUGUCUAGCAACGGGCUCACCGAAACCAGUCGCCGCGCCGCCAGCUCACCCGUGUGCUCCACCAAGACCUCGGUUAGUUCCAGCGGGAGCUACGCAUCGGCGCCCAAGCCGGACAUCACCAUCCAGACCGUGGGCCACAUACGCGUGGGCAGCUUCGCCAACAUCAACAAGACGCUGCAGAACGGCGGCUCCAGCGCCGCCGCUGUCCUAUCAUCGGCCAGCAAUGGCGGCCCCAAUGCCAGUGGAGUGCUGCCGCUCACAGCGGAGCAAGUGCAGCAGCACACGCUGCUGAACGGCCUGGGACUGUCCGCCGUGAAUCCGGCUCAGUCCCUGCACGCGGCCAUCAAUGCCGCCUAUGUGUCCGCCGCGCCAACUUCAUCGGUCGCCAUUAGCAGCCGCCGCACCCCGCCCACUUUGCAGCUGCCACGCCUUCAGCGCGGCAACAACAACAAUAGCAACCACACUGCCGGCAGCACAAGCAACUCCGCGGUGGCCGCCAAUGGGGUGCAACUGCUGCUCAACGGCGGUCACCACGCACAGGUGACGCACAACCACAACCAUCUGGCGCGGGACAAGACGGGCGGCGUGGCCAUUGGGGCGGCGGGUAGUUUCAAUGGCUACAACGGACUGGCAGUGGCGGGCACGGUGUGCGGCACCUUGAACAGCAGCUCAUCCGGAGCCGUAAGCGGCGGGAGCAGUGCCAACAGCAGCGGCGUGGGCCUGGGCGUCGGUGUCGUCAACACGACAGGCGGCGCAGGAAAUGGCAGCGGUGGCACGAGGAGCCAGCACCAGGAGCUGAUGAACUCGUUGAGGAUCGAGGAGAGCAAGCGGAAAAUCGACCUGAUCAAUGCCCAAAUCGAAUACUGGCAGACGCUCACCCGCAAGCUGAACAGUCAGGCGGGUCACAUGCCCAAUCCCGCGUGUCCGUGCCACUUCCCAGGAGCCAGUGUGCUCUCGCCCGUCGCAGUGACCGCCGCUAGUGCUUCAUCGUCCGCCUCCACUGCCGCCUCCGCCAACGUCUUGCAGACGCAGGCCAGCACCAGCUAGUCCGCAGCGAAGAGGCGGUUCGCACUAGUCGGGGGUCCUGCGGGCGAGAGCGAGAGCGAGGGCGACAGCGACAUCAUCUCGAUAGUGGACAUAGAUGAUGGGCGGUCUGGUGAGGAAGAGCAGUCGGAGGACGAUUGCGAGGACCAUGACCAGGCCAUAACAGAUCUGACGCUACCCGACGAGGACGAGGAGGAGGAGGAGGACGAUGCAGACGAAGAUGACUCACAGGAUGCCUUGGUCAGGGAUGUGGGCGUGGUGGGCGGCCUGCCGUCGCCAUAUUCUCCGGCCCACUCCACUCCGCCGCCAGCGAAGCGCUCGAAGCGCCAGGAAGUCACCUCCGAGCUCCUGAGGCAGCUGGCCCUGCAGCAGAAUCAGGAUCCCCAGGAGGGGGGGUGCUAGUAUUUCAUCUAGUUUGCUAAUUUGCCAACUUGCAUGCCAUGCAUUGACGCAACCACUUUUUAACAUUAAUUUUACCAUAUAUUUAUUUACGCCUAGUUUGAGUGCCAAAACAGAAAACCAAGAUUGGAGCCUUGCCAUCGAGAAUGCUUGCCAAAGGACCUGCCGAAUCGGUCAUACCCACUCGCAACCCGCUAUUUAUUUGCCAACCUAACUGAAACGUAGCGAUUAGUUUUAUUUAAAAGUUGUUGCGUCGCCUAUUUUUUUGAUUGAUUUUUUUUCUAUACAUCUUACGUGUUUAUCUUUAAGUUUAAAGUUUUCCUAUGAAUUGAGCUGCUACCAAAAAGAAGAAGGAGACUAUUUUGACUUGUACAUUUACCUUACGAAAAUUAGACCUAACUUACUUAAUUAGAGCGAGCAGCUAAGAACGCAAAAUGUACAAAUGUGGUUCCUAAUCUAGUCCCUAAAGGAGUGAAGAAACGAAAAUGCUACAGCAAUGAAUGCUAAAAUGUUACGCCUAGCCGAGAACGAACUUGUGUAUUAUUUUUAUAUGUCACCCAGAGAGUUUCCACGAGGAAACCAUUCAAGGAACUGUAGCUAAUGUAAUGUACUUAAAGAACCAGUGAAACCAAAUGAAACCAAAAAUGAUUGAAAAUUAAGAAGAAAGGAGAAACUUGCUAGUCGUCGCUGCAUAACUGUGUAAGUGUAGCACACAAACCAUUUAGUUAUUGCUAACUGUACGUGUAAAAUACAAAUAAUUGCCUAUAAUUGCCCAGACCCAUUAACCACAAUUUACAAGAAAGCACACACCAAACGAAACUGAAAUCCAACAAUACCAAACAAAACUAUUUAUACACUUUUGUAAACAAGAACUUAUUAAUAAAACCAUGAAAUUA